CUAAUUGCUCAUCACCUGAUAGAACAGAUGAUCGAAAAGGAUCCACAGAAACGACCGUCCGCCCCGUCUGUCCUCAUACACCCCUUCUUCUGGAGUCUGGAGAAACAACUGCACUUCUUCCAGGACGUCAGUGACCGGAUAGAGAAGGAGCCAUUGGAUGGGCCGAUUGUUAAGAGACUGGAGAGAGGAGGGAGAGACGUGGUGAAGUUGGACUGGAGGGAACACAUCUCGAUGCCGCUGCAGACAGAUCUGAGGAAGUUCCGUAGUUACAAGGGGAAGUCUGUAAGGGAUCUACUGCGAGCAUUAAGGAAUAAGAAACACCAUUACCGGGAGCUUCCUUCUGAGGUGCAGGAGACUCUGGGGAACGUCCCGGAUGACUUUGUGCGUUACUUCACCUCGCGGUUCCCGCAUCUUCUGCUGCACACAUAUCUGGCCAUGCAGCUGUGCGGCGCUGAGAGACUUUUCCAGCCAUAUUACGUACAGGAGGCAGCAGAGCCGACCACCAGUGCUGAGACCUGAGCCUGCGAGGCUGGAGAUACACACAGUGCCUUACACCGCUGUCAACUCUGCUACACGGGAGGGUGGGUGGAUGUAGCAGUGCCGAGUCCUGUCACACCGCCGUACCAUGUCCGUGCUGCACUAUGGACUCCUCAGUACAGGACAAUCCUCUUCAGAUGUUAUUUUUGUCACAUUGAAGGGUUUUAUUUAUGGACGGAGUUCAGUAUUCGCGAUCCUGCCCCCCGCAAUGGCGCAGAUCAGCCUCCAGGUGGCGCACUACACGGUCGCUGUUACUACAUGAAGUAUCCGGAGCAUUAAGUUAUUUUAUGUUUAUUUUAUAUUUGGUGCAGAUUUAAUUUUGUAAAUUUGUACGUAGCCGGGACGGGAGACGGGGGAGUGCAGGGUCAGGUGACGCGCAGUGUCAGGGGCCGGUUUGCUUUUUUUAUUGUUUUUAUAAAGAAAAUGGGAAAACUGCUGAACUGUCGUCUGUUCUGACUCUCAAUAAGGAAUAAA